ACGGCUCAGCCACAGCUUGACGCACCUGCGUCUGACGUCACACUCGCUUGUUUUGGCCGUUUGUUUCGAUAUCCGCCAAAUCAAACGUUGUCGAUGUGCUGGACAUUGUGACUGAGAGGAUCCUGCAUGUGCAUGGGUGUUUGUGUGUGGGAGAGAGAGCGAAGGUGGAAGACUCAGGGAGUCUGUGUGUCUUAUCAUGGCUGACGGGUCCAGUGAUGAUGAUGUCAUCCACCUGGCUAGUAUCAACCCCCUUCGCAAUCGAGCUAAGAGAUUUAGGACGAGGGCUUACAUAACCAUAUCCUCAUCGUCGGAUUCUGAUGAUGAACCUGUCAGGUUCGUACCAAAUGUCCCUGUUGUGGUCAAGGAUGAUGAAGAGGAAGUGAGCAUCUUAGAGCCACAGCCCUCGCCUCAUCGUGAACUGAUCAGACCAGCUUCAAAGUGGGGUGCAAGGUCCUUUCCAAGCCAGGCAUCUGGAUCCGACAGACAUCCAUCCAACACACACACCCGUCAACCUCCCGUAGCCGCUGUACAUCCUACAUUAGGAAACCAAGCCAUAGGUGUCUUAACCACGGACCAGAAUGCUGUACCCUCAACGUCUAGAGAAAAUGCCUUGCACAGACCUCCAUUGCCUGUUAAGGACUCACUGCCCCCACAAAAGGACCCUUUACUCAGUGCUCACUCAGAAAAUCAGGCCAAUUCUGUUUCAACUGCACCUGCAACUGAAUCAGGUCCGUCAGUCAUGGGCCACACAAUUGAAGUGGUCAUCCGGCAGAGAACUGAAAAGAGCACAGACAGGCCUCUGACACCACAGGGGGGUGUGCUGGUGGAAAUCAGAAGAGAUGAACCACAACGGCAGCCAGUGGCUGCUCCUCUCGCUCCUGCACGAUUCCUCGCACCUGCUGACAAUGAGAGGCCUGGUCCGUCAGUGCCCAGAGAGCCCUUAAUGCAGCAGGCCCCUGACCAGACUGCCCUGAAUGUCCUGGUGAAGGGAGUGAUGGACCUUUUCCCAGAUGUGCAGGAAGCAUAUUUAACAGAACUGAUAGAGAAAGGCGAACUGAAAGAUUUAAAUGUAAUAUGCAAUUUGUUGUUGGAACAUCCUGACUAUCCGAAGAAAGCCAACUCAGUUUUGACCCAAAGCAGUGUGCUCCUCGAGACUAAUGACUCUGAGACACAGGAAAGUGAAAAUUAUUUUGAUUAUUUCAAACUAAAGACUGUUGGCCCAGAGGUUGUAGUCCAAGCUGCCGAUAUGCUGAUGCGUGACUUCAAAAUGUUGAGCUGUCAGGAUAUCAAAUGGGCUCUGAAUUGCCUCAAAGGACACUAUGCAAUCACCCGAAAGGCCUUAUUCGAAGCCCUCAAGAAGUGGCAAGAGAACUCCACUGACCCCUCAGGGAAGAAGAGGAGAAGGAGAGAGCCCAAUGAGCGCGCCUUCAUAGACUUCAAGUUUGAGCAGGGUUCCUUUAAACUGGAGAGAAAGAUGUUCUUUUUGGAGAAGAAUCGGAGAUGGAGCCGAGGUAACGAGACUACACUGGAGCCGUCUCUUAUGAAAGAGCUUCAGUUCUUCGAGCAGAAAGCCAAGGAAAUGGCUGAGCAUGAAGAUUUCCUUUUGGCUUUGCAAGUGAAUGAGGAGCAGUAUCAAAAGGACGGGCAGUUGAUUGAGUGUGGAUGCUGCUGUGGGGAGUUUGCCUUUGAGGAGAUGACCCAGUGUACGGACGGCCAUCUCUUCUGCAAGGAAUGCCUGGUGAAGUAUGCCCAGGAGGCAGUGUUCGGUUCAGGACGGUCAGAGUUGAGCUGUAUGGACGGAAACUGCACAUGUUCCUUCCCUACCAGUGAACUGGAAAAAGUUUUACCCGAGAACAUUCUGUGCAAGUAUUACGAGCGACAAGCAGAGGAGGCCGUAGCGGCCACCUGUGCUGACGAACUAGUCAGGUGUCCGUUUUGUAACUUCCCAGCACUUUUGGACAAAGAGAUUUCUCUGUUCAGUUGCCCAAACCCUCGCUGCAGAAAGGAGAGUUGCAGGAAGUGCCAUGUGGUGUGGAAGGAGCAUGCAGGAAAGACCUGUGAGCAGGUGCUGGAGAGAGACGAGAUCCGGCUGCGGGUGGCCUUUGAGGAGAAGAUGACAGCUGCCCGUGUCAGGAAGUGCCACAAGUGUUCCACUGGUCUGGUGAAGUCUGAGGGCUGCAACCGAAUGUCGUGUCGCUGCGGCGCCUUCAUGUGCUACCUCUGCCGGGAGCCAAUCAACGGCUACAACCACUUCUGCCAGCACGCCCGCUCGCCAGGUGCUCCUUGCCGACACUGCAAGAAGUGCUCGCUGUGGACGGACCCCACGCAAGAUGAUGAGCGAAUCAUUCAGGAGAUUCAAAAGGAAGGUGAAGCAGAGUUAAAUAAGAAGAGUAAUCAGUCAGAAACCACAGGGAAGAGAUUGGGUCCUCCCCCCGAGCCCAUCCCUGCCAAGCGUCCUCGUGUUGCACCGCAGGCCCCUAACGCAGUUCCUCAGGCAGUCCGCGCCCCACUGCAUAUCCCCCAGGUCAUGCUGCCGGGUCCACAGCAUCUUUUUCUUCAGCCCAUUCCAGCCCCAUACGUGCCCCCAUUGCACAACCUCCCCCCGGUAAACUACAACCCACGUAACGUGAACUUUGACUUCAACAUGCCAAUGCACUAUGGACCACCGCAUCGCUUCUUCAGACCUAUCUGAGGACUCCACGGUACAGAGAGCCAUGUUCGAACUAUUUAAAGAAUUCCAGACUUCUUUGUCUUAAACUGCUAGCCCUUGCUUUUUUUUCCCAACAUAUUUUGUUAUGGGAUCCAAACUGUUUUUCUGGAGUGCUUAAGAAUGCAGCAGAGUGCCUGUUGCACUUGCUGCUUCAGUUGAAAGUAUGUUUUGAAUGAGGUACAGAUUGAUUGUUUAAUGCAAAAUUAUGUUAGUUUUCAGUUUAAUAAAAACAAAAAUCUUGUUAAACAUUUAAGAUUUUGUUUUAAAAUUUGUAAAUUAUAGGCUACUUUUUGAAAUAAAAAUGUUUUGGGGGUCGUGGCUGGUA